AUGUUUUGGUUUUGUAUUGUGGCUAUAUUAGUGAUGUCGAAUAUUUUAUAUCAAACUCUUGCAGACGAUGGAUGUCGUUAUACUACUCAAUAUAAACCAUCUGAUGGCUGUCAACCAAAAAAUGCAUCUAAUAUAACUGUCUAUCCAUGCAAAAAUAAUGCAACUUGUAUUCCACACGAAUUUAAUCAUACAUGUCAUUGUGUACAUGGAUUUCAAGGUGAAAUGUGUGAGCAAAAAAUUUCGUUUUGUGAACUUCAACAAUUAGGAAAUGAUAGUUUUCUAAAUGCACCAUGUUUAAACGAUGGUCAAUGUAUCUCAGAUAACAGUAGUAUGGGCUAUCAUUGCAAUUGUACAAUAUAUUUUACUGGUCAAAAUUGCUCCAUACCAAUUCCAUACUGCGACAUUGUACCAUUCGUAUGUCAGAAUAAUGGAACAUGCGUAUCAAAAACAGACGACUAUGGAUUUAAUUGUACUUGUUUAGCUUGGUAUGAAGGAGACAGAUGUGAAUUAGCUAGUAAGUAG